CUCCAUCAGAUAUUUUUGCUUGAGCUACACUCUGCUGAUGGCGGCCUCGCGAUGACACACAGGUUUCGAUCAACCCAGACGCCAGGUAACCACCAUGAAGAGGAUCUUAGGAUUCGUAGGAAGGGUUCGUCGCCGGAGCAAAAAUAACGAAAAUAAAAAAAAAAACGUCCUCGGUCAGGCUCGAACUGACAACCUCCUGAUUAACAGUCAGACGCGCUAACCAGUUGCGCCACGAAGACGAAUUGUUGAAAAUUAUUCGUGCUACUUUGAACUAUGUGGGUAACCUGGAUCUGUGCAGCUGUAAAGCCGAGGUCAACUCACAUGAACCCAUCCGAGCCACCUCCGAGACCCCAGUGUCUGCAUCGCUCACUCAUCCUCCUCUCACCUUUAUUCUUCAAUCUUUCUCUCAGAUAUUUACUAUACGGCCAUGUCCGACUCGGAUUCUAAGCGGUCAAUUCCGCAAUGGCAACGGCAGCAUUCGUCCCCUCCACCAGCCUCUGAUGGCAGCAAAGAUGCCGAUAACGAUGUUGAUCGGUCAACGCUCUUGGAGCAAGCUUCGAAAUUCCUCCAGGACGACUCAAUCCGGGAUGCGUCUACUGAUCGCAAGAUUGCAUUCUUAGAGUCAAAGGGUCUUACGGCUCCAGAAAUCGACAAUGUGCUUGGUGUAUCGCGAAACCCCGAAGCCAGCGCCAUCGCCAGCAGCGGCUCGGCCGAGGAGAAGGGUACCACUUCAAGUUCAGAGGCCUCUGCAGAGGCUUCGGAGACUCCCGUUACCCCCAAUCAACACUCUCCUGCUUCGGCAUCGCCAGCUCCAUCUUCGGGCAAUAGCCAGGUCAACUCGGCAGCUCGCCGCGAUGUACCCCCCAUCAUCACCUACCCCGAAUUCCUUCUCCACCAAUCCAAGCCGCCCCCUCUUGUCACCCUCCAGAGCGUUCUAUAUACCCUCUACGGCGCCGCGGGCCUCGGUGCCACUAUAUACGGCGCUAGUGAAUACAUCGUGAAGCCGAUGCUCGCCACCCUCACAGACGCGCGCCUCGACCUAGCUGGAACCACCGAGGAUAACUUGAAGAAGCUCAACGAGAAAUUAGAACAAAACGUCUCCCAGCUCCCACCCAGUCUUCUCGCCUCUAAAUCCACCGCACCUUCUAUCAGUGACACGGAGGAUGACGUGGAAUCCAUAACCUCCGACCCGACUGAGCUCUUCCAUCGGGACAUUGGCACCCAGACAUCCCAAGACCUCACCCAACCCCCCUCUGCCACGGCGGAUGCAUCCUCGGCAACAGACCCAGAAUCAGUCGACCCGACAGCAACAAUAACAUCGCAUCAGAAACGCCUCGAAUCCAUCGGCUCCCAUCUCCGCGAGGUUGAAGACGCGCAGUCCCAAUCCAGCACCCUCCACGAUACAACCCGCAGCCGCAUCAGCGAUCUCCAGCGCUACCUCGACGGCCUCCUCUACUCCAAGAACUCAUACCCUUACACUGCGACAACGGGAUACGGAGCCUUUAGCACCCCAGGCCUAGACUCUGGUAGCGCUGCGGCAACGGGUGUCAGAAAGGCCGAGGAGGAUGCGAUAUCUAACUUUAGGGCUGAUAUUAGGGGCGUUAAGGGAGCUUUGCUUAGUGCGAGAAACUUCCCCUCAGGGAGGACCGCGGGCUUGCGAUCUUCAUUCGCUCGGUGAUGGUUGCGGAGUGCAGCGAUUUGCUUUUAUACCAGCUCCAUUGUUUUGUUUCUAGCGGCUCUCGUGAUUUUUGUAAUGUACCAUCUGGUAGCAUAGAUGGCACUGUAUAUUUUGAUUCUACGAUAGGCAUCAUCCAUUCCAAGUAAUUUGGUGCAUUUCACUGAAAUGAUGGGUUUAGAUUGUUUAGAUUGUUCAUUUCUCUGAUGUGUCGCACCUUAGUAUAUAUAUAUAUCCGCUUAUCUUGUAUCCACCCAAAACAAUAGUAACAUCUACUUAAAGAAAACA